CGAAGGGACUUUGGCACAAGGUCAGAAAGAAGACGGACAAACACGUUCUUCCUCACAAAACACAAGCGCAACAUGAAGCCCGUCGGUGUGCUCCUGCUUGCGCUGCUCUUGCCUGUGUGCUGGUGCCGGAACGAGGAAGAGCGCCUGAUCAACCACCUGUUGAAGGAGCGCGGCUACAACAAGGAAUUGCGCCCCGUGGAGAGACAACAGGACGCCGUCGAUGUCUACCUCGCACUCACGCUCUCAAACCUCAUCUCCUUGAAAGAAGUAGACGAGACCCUCCUCACCAACGUCUGGAUCGAGCACACGUGGAUAGACUACCGGCUGACGUGGAACACGAGCGAGUUCGACGGCAUCAAGAUGCUGCGCCUGCCGUCGAACAUGGUGUGGCUGCCCGAGAUCGUGCUGGAAAACAAUAACGACGCCCAAUUCCAGGUGGCCUACUACUGCAAUGUGCUAGUUGAGUACACUGGGCUGUGCUACUGGUUGCCCCCCGCCAUCUUCCGCUCGUCCUGCUCCAUCAACGUCAACUAUUUCCCGUUCGACUGGCAGAACUGCACCCUCAAGUUUACCUCCUUGACGUAUAACGCCAAAGAGAUCCAAAUGCUCCUGAAGACGGACACGGAUGACAUCAUCACGUGGACGGUAGAGUGGAUCAUCAUCGACCCGGCCAGCUGGACAGAGAACGGCGAAUGGGAGGUGAUCCACCGUCCGGCUAAGAGGAACACCUACAAACACAUUCCCAUGGAGAGCAACAAGCACCAGGACAUCACUUUCUACCUCGUCAUCAAACGCAAGCCGCUUUUCUACAUUGUCAACAUCAUCAUACCCUGCGUGCUCAUCUCCUUCCUGGCCUCGCUCGUCUACUACCUGCCCGCAGACAGUGGUGAGAAGAUGACGUUGUCCAUCUCUGUGCUGCUGGCGCAGUCUGUAUUCCUGUUGCUGAUCUCUCAAAGGCUUCCGGAGACUUCCCUCUCCGUCCCGCUCAUUGUCAAGUACCUGAUGUUCAUCAUGGUGCUGGUGACAGUGGUGGUCUUAAACUGUGUGGUGGUACUCAACCUGCACUUUAGGAGCCCCAGCACACAUGUCAUGUCUGGGUGGACCAAGAGGUUGUUCCUAGAGCGACUUCCUCGCCUCCUGCUCAUGUCCCGGCCGGCGGAGUCCGAGCCGUACUGGGACGGCGCUUUGCAGCGGCGCUCCAGCUCGGCGGGCUACAUCGCGUCGGCUGAGGAGUACUACAGCGUCAAGUCGCGCAGCGACUUGAUGUUCGAGAAGCAGUCGGUGAGACACGGGCUCGUGACACGGCCCACGCACGCAACAGUGAAAAAGCUGCAGGAUGACGGCGGCGUGACCGAGCAGCUGUAUGCAGAAAUCAAGCCGGCGGUGGACGGAGCUAACUACAUCAUCAAACACAUGCGAAACAAAAACGACUACAAUGAGGAGAAGGACAACUGGAGCGGCAUCGCUCGCACCGUGGACCGCCUCUGCCUCUUCCUCAUUACCCCUGUGAUGACCUUCGGCACCAUAAUCAUCUUCCUGAUGGGUCUCUACAACCACCCGCCGCCGCUGCCCUUUGCCGGAGACACUCACGACUACAGGGAGGAAAACCCGCGGCUGCUGUGAUGUGAACGCGCACGCAAACACACACACACAGACACACCUCAUUCUGCUUUCUUUGAUCUUGUGUGGCUUGUUGUUUCCUUUCAUUAGAUGUGAAAAAAAAAAUCCUCAGUAAACACGAAUGUUUAACCUGAUCAGUAUUUGCGAAGGUGUAAGAUGCCUCUUUAAAGUUCAACUCUCCUAGUCCCUCAUUAAAAGUUUCUCCACUCUG